AUGGGUUCGCUAAUAUCCAGCCUGGUUGCAGAACUAGUCCUGCAGGAACUGGAAAAAGUCGCCUUCGACCACUAUGAACCUGCAUUUUGGCGCCGGUACGUGGACGACACGUUCGUCAUAAUUGAAAGAAGCAGACUGGCCGACUUCCAAGACCUGCUCAACGGCAUCUUCCCAGACAUCCAGUUCACAAGGGAAGAAGAGCAUGCCGAACAGCUGCCUUUCCUUGACGUUCUCGUCACACGCACACCCAACGGCGAACUCAACACCACGGUGUACAGAAAGGCGACUAACACGACUCAGAUUCUCAACUACCACAGUAACCACCCAAUGGCGCAUAAACGCAGCUGUGUUAGGACACUCUUCCAGAGGGUAAAAACGCACUGCAGUGAACCAGAGGGACGAGUACGAGAACUUCGGCAACUUCGGGACCAACUGGCAAGGAAUGGAUACCCGAACAGCUUCGUCAGCCGCUGCCUCCGCACGCGCCCACGGCGAACAAACGGAGGAGAGCCACUAACACUCUGGCACCCUCUGCCAUUUAUAAAGAACGUAUCCGAAGCGAUGGAACGUAUCGCUGGAGAGCUCGGCGUGGGUAUCGCUCACCGUCCGACAGCGACCAUGCGCAGCAAAAUCAUGCAAGUGAAGGAUCGCCUAGAUGUGGGUGAACAAUCGGGCGUCGUCUAUCAGAUCCCAUGUCGGGACUGCCCUCGCCACUACACUGGACAAACCGGACGACGACUUAGCUCACGAAUAACGGAGCACAAACGGGCGGUCCGGAGAGGCGACCCGUUGUCUCAGGUCGCCACUCACACCCUGGAGGAAGGCCACGAAUUCAACUUUGCGAGCACGCGGAUAGUGGCGCGGGCCAGCAAUAAGACAGGACGAGAACUGUUAGAGGCCUGGGUGUCUGACACCAACGCUAUCAACAGGCACGUUGAUAUACCCCCCUGCUAUCACGCGCUCCGUUCCCGCGGCCAAGGGGCGAGACCCAAUUUCCAGCCAAGGGUGCACGCAGGCACGCCACCGUGA